UGCCGCUCCGCUCCCGCUCCCGCUGCCGCUCCGCCGCACCAUGGGCGGCUCUGCCUCCGCGCCGCUGGACGACAGCAAGUGCACCUACAUCCGAGGAAAAACAGAGGCCAUCAUCAAGAACUUCAGCCCACACUACCGACGCCAGUACGCCGUGGCCUUCUGCAGGCACGUGCAGGAGGAGCUGGAGCAGCACCGGCAUUCCCAGUCCUGCUUCCUGAAAACCAAGCCCCCAGGGGAAGCGGGGACGGUCUUGUACGAGGCAGAGCUGCUGCAUUUCGCGGAGGAUCUGAAGAAGUGGAAGGACAGAUAUGUCGUUAUCAGAAAUGACUACACUGUGGAUUGCUUUGAGACCAAGGAGGCCUACCAGAAAGGAGCCAGCCCUAAAUAUCACGUUGUUCCUGCAGGAGGCAAAGUGCUGACUUCAGAAGAAGAUUACAAUUUGCUGUCUGAUAAACAUUUUCCAGAUCCUGUGGGGUCGAGUGAGAAGGAGGUGAGUCCAGCCUUUGUGCAGCUCCCCAAGGAGUUCCCGGUGUUCCUGUGGCAGCCCUUUGCCCGGCACAGCUACUUCUGCUUCCCGGAGCCCGGAGCCCAGAGGGAGUUCAGCGCCGUGCUGGGGGACUGUGUGAGACACUCCAACCACGAUUUCCUCAAGCAGACCACGUAUGAAGUCGAGGCGUUCCUAGAAGCCAUUCAGUUCUUCCGGCAGGAGAAAGGCCACUAUGGGACGUGGGAAAUGAUAACUGGCAAUGAAAAAGAGAUCCUGAGCAACCUUGUGAUGGAGGAACUCCUGCCUAACCUUCAGACAAUGAUCCUGCCUAAAAUGAAGGGGAAGAGGAAUGAUAGGAAGCGGGCCUGGUUUGGUAUCGUAGAAGAAACUUAUGGCUUAGUCCAGCAGCAAGUGGCAGAAGGAUUAAGUACCUUGAAAGAAGAAUGCAGAGACUUUGCAAAAACUCUUGAAGGAACCAUUCGUUCAGACAUGGAUCAGAUUCUGAACUCCAAGAACUUCUUAGCUGGAAAAAUCAAAGCCACUGUCUCUGAGCCUGCCCAGAAGUGCUGCACAGAGAACAUCCAGCCGUUCCUCACCUCCAUACUCGAGGAGCUCAUGGGCCCCGUGAGUUCGGGAUUCACGGAAGUCCGCUCGCUUUUUGAUAAAGAAGUUAAUGACAUCAUCCAGGACUUCCAGAAGACCAAUGACAUGACAAAGCUAAAGGAGAACGUGGAUCAGCUUAUGAAACUGCCCUUCAACUCCGUGAAGAUGGAGCCCUGCUAUGUGAAGGUGAACCUCCUCCAGGAGCUCCUGCAGGACCUCAAGAGUCGCUUCAAGGUCUAUCACAUUGAUUUUGUGAUUCAGAGGACACAGAACUUCAUGCAAGAGCUGAUGGAAAAUGCAGUUUAUACUUUUGAGCAGCUCUUCUCUCCAAGUCACCAGGCAGACUCGGCCAAAGUGGCAACAACCAUUGAAAAAGUCAAGCUGAGGGUGCUGAAGCAAUAUGACUAUGACAGCAGCACCAUCAGGAAGAAGAUAUUCCAAGAAGCACUGGUACAGAUUACCCUGCCCACAAUGCAGAAGAGCCUGGCUUCAACAUGCAAACCAGAGCUGCAGAAAUACGAGCAGUACAUUUUUGCUGAUUACACGAGUGUGAUCCAAGUAGAGAAUGUGUAUGAAGAGAUUUUAUAUCAGACACUGCUUGAAGAGGCCCUGAAAGUGAUAAAAGAAGCUGCCAUUCUGAAGAAGCACAACCUCUUUGAAGACCACCUGAAUUUGCCCUGCGAGAGCGUGUCCAGCCUGGCGGAGCUGAAGACCCCUUCGGGCUCAGCACAGACCACCCCCGCCAAGAAACCUUCGGCCGCCCGAGCCGAGGUGUCGGACACGGAGAGCCAGGGGGACGAAACGCUCGUUGUGACGGGAAAAAUUGCUUGGGAGAAGGAUGCUGAGGAAGGAAAGUCAUCGGACAAAGAGGCCUCUGGUAACGCAGCUGGUGAUCACAGCAAAAGUGAAGCAGUGGUUGUUACAGACAUCGGUGAGAAACGGGAGUCCCCUCCAGCUGCCCACACAAAACGGGGAGUUGCAGAGGGGAAAAGCGCUGUGGAGAAUGAACCAGAGUGUGUGAUGAACGCUGAGAGAGAACUGCAGACGCCACAAGAAGCUGUGGAGGAAAAAGUAGCUUCUGGGACUGACACUGCAGUGAAAAAUAUUUGCUCCAGCCCUAAAAAAGAACCUAAGGCACCUGAAGGAGCAGCGGAGGAAAAGGCAACUUCAGAGAGUCGAAUGGCAAUGCAUGCUGCAUUUGUCAGUGCCACUGAAAAAGAAAGCAAAGCACAGGAAGACGUUUCUGAGAUAAAGCUGACUUCCCCACUUGAGAGUGUAACGGAAGCAGAGGUUUCAGGGAAUGCUGAAAAGAAAACCGAGGUAGAAAAAGAAAUGAUGGGAAAAUUAUCUCAGCGUGAAAAUGCAGUAGGAACAGGGUUUGAAGAGGAUGGUAAAAAAGAAAGCAGGGAGCAAGGAGCGAGUACAGAGAAAAGAGUUGUUUCCCAGCGUGGAAGCACAGGGAAAGGAGAGUUUGGGGAUAGUCCUGGAAAAGAAAGCAGGUUGGAAAAGAAGAGUUGUAAAUCCCCUGAUGAUGUGAACGAGAUAAGGAGUUUGCUGAUGGUGGCAGUUGAGAUACCAGCAGAUGCUCCAGAGGAGAACGUAAAGGAGAUGUGUGAGGGGGAGCUAAUGAAGUUGCAAGAGGACAAUGGAGGGAACAGUGAAUUGAGCAAAGUGGCUGUGGCAGAAAUUCAGGUGAGCCAGACGAUGAGGAGUGAAGAUGCAGCAGAAUGUGUGGAACUCAAAGAGGAGAGACCGUCCUCAUGUUUGGGGACAGAUGGUACGAGUCUAGGGAGUGUGUCCAGGGGUGCACAAGCAGAGUGGCUGGUGGAAAGCUCGGACCUGCCUCAGGAGGCAAAGGCAGAGGUGGAGAUGAAGCAAAGUGUGUGGUACACGGGUGUGGGAAGCUGUGGAAGUGAGAGGUUGCAGCCAGAGGAACACACAGGAAAUGUGUCAGAAGACAGAAGGUUGGCUGGGCAGGAAGGAGGAGCAGGGAAUAGCCACACCAUCCCGGUGGAGGUGGGGUCACAGAGCUCCUCUCAGAGGGCUGCUGAACAUGCAGACACCACACAAGUGCCUAUUUUGGAUACAGAGAACCCAGGAACAGCACUGCUGGAGGCAGUCUCUUUGAUGCCACAGCAGCACGAGGUUAACGCUGCGUUAAAGGUCACAGGAGAUAAAGAGGCUGGUGGGGGCGAGGGGGAGCCAGGAGAUGAAUCAUCUUCACACACGGAAAUCAAAGGCACAGAAGUAAAAGAUAUUCUCAGAGAAGAAAACAGAGAAGAUACUUGUGUACAGCAAAACUCGGAAGAGUAGGAAGUGUUUUUCAGCCCGGCCCUGCAGGAUUUAUUUACUCCAGUAAUCCUCGUGUAAUUGUGAAUACUCCUUUGGGUUGGGGCUAGAGGAAAUGGGCUUUGUUGGGGGAUCGCCAGCUCUUCCAGGUUUCCCACAGAUCUCUUCCUGAGUGAUAGGUGAUGGGCUUCUUUUUGGUUUAAAACCAGGUUACUGCUGAGAAACCUCAUCUUUCACUUAAAAUUUGCUCCCUUUUAUGGUUAGAAAAAAAGUCUGAAAAUGUGACCACUGAAUGCUUCAAAAGCAAAUCACUCCCAACUAUUAUCAAUUUAUUUUAACAACUUCACUGUUCGUAGUGUUGCUCAUGAUUUUUCAGUGCAUGGAUUUGACAAGUACUGCUCUGAUCCUGGUGGUUGGUACAUAGAUACUCGAAGGUGCUUUUAGUAUUUGCAUGCAGUGUACAGGAAAUAAAUCAAUCUUUUAGUAGUUAAACAGAACCCAGUGGUUAAUUUAGUAGGUUGGUCAAAAGCCACACUCUAAGCAAACUCUGCAAACUGAUUACUUAAUUAUUUUCAAGUUUUGGUAGAUGUUAAAGACAAGCAAAUGUUCUGAUUUUUUAUUUUUUUUCUCUUACUGCUAUAUUUAAAAUGGGGAAAGUAUGGGAGCAGGUUUCUCAGUCCCACUGUGCACUUCUGGGUUAUUUAGCCUUCCAGAGCACUUUACAGCUAUUUUAUUUUGUUUUAUUUUAUGGAAGGGAGAGAUGAGAAUGUUUACAAUAACUAUAACCAUUGGCAGCAUCUCUCUGGUUUCAUUCCCACCAUAAAAUAGAUUCACUUACAGCUAUCUAAUACAGAACACUGAGUCCUGCCAUGCCCAUUCCUACUGAGUUACCCAGUUCUGUAGGCAUUUUUAGGUGUGGAAAUCACAUAAUUAAGUCGCAAUAAUUGUGAAAUAUCAUAAUCAUUGCAUAUAAUUUCUAAUAGAGAUGUUAACUGAAGUGAAAAGCAGCCAAAGGUUAUUACAUGUGCUUAGAUUUUGGAGAGCAGAAUAACAUUAAAAAAGCAGUUAUUAAAAUGAGACAGUUGUUUUCCUACAUAUCAAACCAUGAUCUAGGCAUGGAUUUGCUUAGAUGUGUUAUUUACAUUUAAGUUUAUGGACUGUGCACAGAAAAGCUUGGAAAUGAAACCCAGUAUUUUAAUAAAUUGGGCUUUAGAGUGCAAGACCUCACUUUAGAGGUCAGUUUAAGGCACCUUAAAAUUUUGGCCCUGUGUUUCAGACUGUUUCUGAAUAUCAUACAUUACAGGACAGCAAAGAUUAAUGAUAAAUACAGUAAAGGACUGCAGGGUUUAUGCCCAUAAAGACAUGGGAAGAAAUAACAAAGUCCCGGGAGCAUAAUACAUGUUGGCAUUUACCUUCAACAAACUGCAAAGCCUUUUAAUGCUAUCAGAAUAUUCUUUAAUACUAACAGAAUUGACACUAGAGGAACAGGCAAACAUUGCUGUGUGAGAAAGGAACAUUGUUGAGUAACUAGACUAACUGCUCUGUCACUAUUGUAAAAUAAAUGCAAUUCUUAUUUAUUCCAGAAGCCAUACUGUGGUAUGGAAACAUGAAGGUCACAGAUGUUUUCUUUGCAGAAGGAUUUUGACUUGUUUCCUCCCUAUAUUUCAUGCAAAAAUACUAAUUUGUAAGCACACAAACCACUGCCAGCCAAUUUUUUUUUAACAAAUCAUUACUUACUUCACUGUCAGCUGGUUUGUUUUUACAAAUCAUUAACUAUUUUUAAUUGGUACUGAGUGCUAAGCGACUUCAAAUUUAUACCAUGUGCUAUACAUUUAAGCAGGAGCGGCCUCUUUUAGCUAAAAUCAGGGGACAUGAUGGGUUUUUAAUGCUCUUUUUGUGAAGAAGACAAGUAACAUGAUGGUAAAAAAGACUGCAGUGUCCUGCAAAAGGAAACUAAUUCAUUCUAAUAUGAAUUAGAUACAUCUGUACAGAGAGUAUUCAGAAUAAAUAUUCCCAUCAUGAUAAUUUUUGAGUUAUUUCUGUGGCAGGCUUAGAUCUGGGCAGUAUUUUCCUGUAACAUGAAUUGAGUUGCUGAAAGCAGGUGCUCGGAGGUUUUUCACAAGUAGGACAGGAAAGGACAGGGAAGAUUUAGCCCGCACAUUGCCUGGUUCUGCGAUUUAAAUUGGAGUUCCUCAUGGCUAGGGGACUGGUUUUUUCCCUUUUUGGACAUUUUCUGUCCAUUUGCAAAUGGAUAAAGUAGCAUUUCCUUGUCUUUACCAGAGGCAACAGCCAUUUCAAGCUCAGAAAUCUGCAAGGUUGCCUCGGACCGCUGAUCAAAAAUGAUAAUAACCCACCCAUUCCGUCAUUUUUUGUAGCUUUCUUUAAAUUUCCUACACAUACCCGGAAUGAAUUUUUUCCCUCGCACACUGGGAGCAGUAAAAAAUCGCCUCCCAGGGCAGGAUGGGUGAGGGCGCCCCGAGGGGAGCGGGCUGAGGGCUGGGAUUUCCUGGGCUUUCCACUGGUAACGGCCAGGACAUGAAACACAUUUGUAUUUCGCUUGGAACUUUGUAAGAACGCUUGUCAUGGAAAUAAAGACGCUCUUCCCUUCCA